AUGGUUGGGGUACCACCAUCAGCCAGCAUCGUCAUCAUCGUCUUCGUCGUCGACAGAAAGUUGUCGUUCGGUUACCGGUACAAAGUCACGCAAAGGGUUUAUUUCGACGUCGCCGUGGGUGACAAACCCAUCGGAAGAAUCGUCAUCGGGCUCUUUGGUCAACUGGUGCCCAACACUGUGAGGAAUUUCGUCGCUUUGGCCACGCGAGGAGUGAACGGUGUGUCGUAUAGGGGAUCCUGCUUUCACAGAGUCAUCAAAAAUUUCAUGAUACAGGGUGGCGACGUCCUUAACGGAGAUGGUACCGGUUCCAUAAGUAUUUACGGAGAUUCUUUCCCAGAUGAAAAUUUCAUUGCGAGACACGAGGGACCCGGUUUUUUGAGCAUGGCCAAUUCGGGUCCCGAUUCUAACGGGAGUCAAUUUUUCAUAACGACCGCACCUGCUCCCUGGCUCGACGGGGUUCACGUCGUUUUCGGAAAAGUUUUAUCGGGUCAAAGAGUCGUGCACAUGAUCGAAAGGUUGCCCACCGAUUACGAAGAUAAACCCUCUCAACCCGUCACCAUAUUCAAAUCGGGAUUGCUUAGAACUCCGAAUCCAUUUUUCGUCACAGACGAAACGUUCAACGGUUGGGAAACGAUAAAUGCGAUCGCGAUACCUUUGAGCUUUCCAUGUUUAAUAUUAACUUUUUUCUUUAUACUUUAUAAAAAAUUAGAAAUUGUCGAAAAGGAUACUUUUAAAACGGAUUAA